AUGAACGGCUACGGCUCCCCCUACCUGUACAUGGGCGGCCCGGUGUCGCAGCCGCCGCGGGCGCCCCUGCAGCGCACGCCCAAGUGCGCGCGCUGCCGCAACCACGGCGUGCUGUCCUGGCUCAAGGGCCACAAGCGCUACUGCCGCUUCAAAGACUGCACCUGCGAGAAGUGCAUCCUUAUCAUCGAGCGGCAGCGGGUCAUGGCGGCGCAGGUGGCGCUGCGCAGGCAGCAGGCCAACGAGAGCCUGGAGAGCCUCAUCCCCGACUCGCUGCGCGCCCUGCCGGGACCCCCGCCGCCAGGAGACGCCGCCGCCGCCGCCCCGCAGCCGCCGCCGCCGCCGCCGACCUCGCAGCCGUCUCAGCCCCCGCCGCGCCCCGCUGCGGAGUUGGCUGCGGCCGCCGCCCUGCGCUGGGCCGCCGAGCCCCAGCCUGGGGCGCUGCAGGCGCAGCUCGCCAAGCCAGAUUUGAGUGAAGAACGACUCGGGGACGGCAGGGCCGCCGACAACACCGAGGCCUUCAGCGACAAGGACACGGACCAGAGGAGUUCCCCAGAUGUGACCAAAAGUAAGGGCUGCUUCACGCCCGACAGCCCCGAGAUCGUGUCGGUGGACGAAGCGGGGUACGCGGUCCGGAAGGACGGAGGCAGCUCCGAGAGCCGCCCCGACAGCCCCAAGUACCCCGGUGAGCAGAAUCAGCUCCUGAUCGAGGGUCCCUCGGGGACUGUGUCGCUGCCCUUCAGCUUGAAAGCCAACAGACCGCCCCUGGACGUCUUAAAAAAAAUCUUCCCCAACCAGAAGCCCACGGUGCUGGAGCUGAUCCUGAAGGGCUGCGGGGGCGACCUGGUGAGCGCCGUGGAGGUCCUGCUCUCCAGCCGCUCCUCCGGCUCGGCCGCCGACCGAACUUCGGCCGAGCCCGAGGGCCUGGUGCUGCCCUCCAACGGGCACCUCUUCGAACACACCUUGAGCUCCUACCCCAUCUCCUCUUCCAAAUGGUCCGUGGGCUCGGCCUUUAGAGUCCCGGACACGUUGAGGUUUUCCGCCGACUCCAGUAACGUGGUCCCCAGUCCCCUGGCCGUGCCCCUGCAGCACCCGUUCCCCCAGCCGCCCCGGUACCCCCUGAUGCUGAGGAAUACUUUGGCUAGAAACCAGUCGAGCCCCUUUUUGCCCAACGAUGUCACCCUGUGGAACACCAUGACGUUGCAGCAGCAGUACCAGCUGAGGUCCCAGUACGUCAGCCCUUUCCCCACUAACUCUGCCAGCGUCUUCAGAAGCUCACCUGUCCUCCCCGCCCGCGCCCCCGAGGACCCUCGGAUCUCCAUCCCCGAUGACGGGUGUCCCCUUGUGUCAAAGCAGUCCAUCUACACCGAGGACGACUAUGACGAGAGGUCUGACUCCUCAGACUCUAGAAUACUCAACGCAUCAUCUUAA